CUCUACUUUUUACCAAACUCAAAUUACACCAAAUUUAAUUACUCUGCAUAACCUCUUCCCUAUUCCCACCCCAUCCCUACGAUAUAUUCCACAUUCUUCAACUUCCUUUCAAUUCUCUCUCGCUGUUAAAAACAGUGACUCAUACGCCUCUUUCGCUCUCUCCUUGUGUUCACACUUCACAGUCUCCGUAUUUGUAUGCUUUGAUGUGGGUUAAAUGGAUACCUUGUUUCGCCUAGUCACUUUUCAACCUCAACCUGAUCCUCAUUCUCUCAACAACUCUUCUAGUAGAACUUCUAGCAGCUCCAGAUCCUCCAGACAAAACAAUAACAACAACAACCAUCAUCAUCAUCAUCACUACCAGCAGCAAGAAGACGAAGAAUGCUUCAACUUUUUCAUGGAUGAAGACGACUUGUCCUCGUCUUCUUCUAGGCAGUAUUAUCCUUAUCAACCUCAUAAUCCUUCCUCCUCCGCCACCCCUACCGCCACCGCUGUUUCUACUUUCACCACUACCACUCCCACCGCUUCUGAUUUCUCUUUCUCCCUCUCCCCCGCAGCGCCUGACCUCCAUGCCUUUGAAUUCUCCGGCCGCUGGGCUCACGAUCUCCUCCUCGAAACCGCCCGUGCCGUUGCCGACAAGAACAGCGCUCGUGUCCAGCAGUUAAUUUGGAUGCUCAACGAGCUCGCCAGUCCCUAUGGCGACAUCGAUCAGAAGCUCGCCGCUUACUUCCUUCAGGCCUUGUUCAGUCGUGUCACCGACUCCGGCGACCGCACCUACCGUACUUUGGCAUCCGCGUCGGACAAAACUUGCUCUUUUGAGUCCACCAGGAAGAUGGUCUUGAAGUUCCAGGAGGUCAGCCCUUGGACUACUUUCGGUCACGUCGCUUCCAAUGGCGCCAUAUUGGAGGCCUUAGAAGGUGAGCCCAAGUUGCACAUCGUCGAUAUUAGCGAUACGUAUUGCACCCAGUGGCCGACUCUUCUUGAAGCCUUGGCCACUCGCAGCGAUGACACCCCGCACCUCCGGUUAACCACGGUGGUUAGCCGCCGAGCCGGUGGCUCUGUCGCUGCUGUUCAGAAAGUCAUGAAGGAAAUAGGGACUAGAAUGGAGAAGUUCGCUCGGCUCAUGGGCGUCCCCUUUAAAUUCAACGUCAUUCAUCACGCGGGUGAUCUCUCGGACUUUAAUUUCUCGGAAUUGGAAAUCAAAGACGACGAGGCUCUCGCCAUUAAUUGUGUUAACGCGUUGCAUUCUAUCACAGCCUUUGGUAAUAAUCGUGACGUAUUGAUCUCCUCGUUUCGGAGAUUGCAACCUAGGAUAGUCACUGUCGUGGAAGAGGAAGCUGAUCUUGAUGUCGGAUUUCAUGGGUUUGAGUUUGUACGAGGUUUCCAAGAAUGCUUGAGGUGGUUUAGGGUUUACUUCGAGGCACUGGAGGAGAGCUUCCCCCACGCAAGCAACGAGCGUUUGAUGCUCGAGCGAGCUGCGGGACGAGCCAUCGUUGACUUGGUGGCUUGUGAGCCAGCGCAGUCGGUGGAACGGCGGGAGACGGCAGCAAGAUGGUCGCAGCGGCUGCAUGGAAGUGGGCUCAAUGUGGUGCCGUUUAGCGAUGAGGUUUCCGACGACGUGAGAGCGCUGUUGAGGAGGUACAAGGAGGGAUGGGCAAUAACACAUUGCUCCGACGCCGGAAUAUUCUUGGCCUGGAAGGAGCAGCCGGUGGUGUGGGCCAGUGCAUGGAGGCCUUGACGACGUAGAUGAUGGAGAUGCUGCGAGAGUGCUUCGCACGUGUUCUUGGUUUUUUUGGCACGUGCAUGGUUGCCGUGGUGGUGGUAACUCGGUUGAAGUGGGUGUUUCUUUUUAUUUUAUUUUCUCAUUUUUUUUAAUUUGAUUAGCAUGGCAAGACAAUACGAUUGGAGGUUGAUAUGGUUGGGAGGGGAGUUUGAAUUUUCAAUUAUUCUUGAUAACAUUUUGUGAUUUUAUUUUCAUAUUACGAAGAAAUAGGUUAUGACUUUGAAUAUAUAUAUUAUAUAUAUGUAUGUAUGAAGUAAUCAAUGGCAUAAUUGUCCGACUAUUUUAUUUUUGA